CAACGCAAUGACAGCGAAUAAGGUACGUGUCUGUGACUGACACAGAAUCCACAUAAAAAAGAGAUACCAACCAACACCGCUUCACUCUCUUUCUCCGCCACUCAGCUCGGCGGCGAAUGGCAACACCCUCACAGUACCCACCUGAGCUAGACACUGACUCAGUCGCCUCCUCCCCUCGCUCCGACUUCCAUGACGCGCCGCCACGCGUCCGCUUCAUGGUCAGCUUCCGCGGCAAGAUCCUCCCCCGCCCCCACGACAAUCAGCUCCGCUACGUCGGCGGCGACACCCGAAUCGUCGCCGUCAACCGCUCUGCCUCCUUCCCCGCCCUCCUCCUCAAACUCUCUAAACUCUCAGGUAUGACCAAGAUAACAUUGAAGUACCAACUCCCAAACGAGGAGCUCGACGCGUUGAUCUCAGUAACAACGGACGAAGACGUGGAGAACAUGAUAGACGAGUACGACCGCGUCGCACACAAUCAAAACCCACGAUCGGCUCGGCUUCGGCUCUUCCUCUUCCAAGAAGGCCAAGAUUCCAGAACCAACAGCAUCACUUCACUUCUCAACGGUUCAGCCAACCGUGAAAACUGGUUCCUCGACGCCUUAAACGGCGGCGUUUCGGGCCUGGAACGAGGUCGCUCCGAAGCUUCUUCUAUGCUUUCUGAGGUACCCGAUUAUCUCUUCGGGUUGGACAAUUCGGAAGAAGCAAAUCGUGAGCCUCGCCUGAAGGAUCGACCCGUUUUCGCUGAUAACGUUUCCGCUUCGGAUCCGGGUUCUCCUGCCCCGAUUGUCUCGUCGCCGUUCUGUUCCACGUCGUCAGUUCCCGGCGUGCCACCUGUCCCCAGCCUCCCGCCGGUGAAAACCAAACUGGAAAACCCGGUUCCUGAAAGGGAAAAUCGAAUCGAAGCUGAAACGGGUGGGCACCCGAGCCCGAACCCGAAUAUGUACCCGGGUAACACUCUCAGUCACAGUCACCCUGUAAUACACUACACACCAGAAGCUGCUUAUUCGGGUGCGGGUCAUUCUCCACAACCGGUUCCUGUUUAUUACAUUUCAGCUCCGGUUCAACCAGGGACAGUGCCGGUCCAACCAGUUCCUAUGCAGGCGCCUUAUCCUUUUGUGCAACAGCCAUAUCAUGCGGUGGUGCCAGCUCAGGUUCCAGUUGGGUACCAUCAAUAUGUACCGGGUUCGGGUCAAGUUUAUAGUCCGGGUGUCAGGCAUGUGAGCCCGGGUCAACCAUUCAGUCCCACGGCGGCGGUUCACGACGCGUUGAGGCAGCGUGUGUAUCAAGCUGUGCACUCCGGUCCAGUUCCGGUUUACGCGGCGGCGGCCGUGGGUAAGGAUGAACCGCAGAGAAGUGGAGCGGAGUUUGUGACGGGUCGGGGCACCAUUUAACUCAGGGAAUAACUGAGCCAGUUUUUUGUUUUUUUGUUUUUUUGUGUUAAUUAAAUGUUUUUUUUACAGCAAUGUUUGGUUCUGUUUUAUGCUUCGAUGCUUUUUCACUUUAAAAUUGUUUGAGCGAGUAAUUCAAUUACUCAAGUUGUAUAUAUAUAUUGAAAAACACGAUGUUAAUGAUUUGAUUUUUCGUUAA